AGAAGCAUGAUCGGGUCUUAUUUGUUUUCUCCGAAAUUCGUGUGGAAAUGCAGUGCCCCGAUUUGCCCGCCUUGACGUUGCACAACUACAAUCGGUACAGUACGAUCGUGACAGUAACACUCCUUAUUUACACUCCAUUUAGAGCUUCUCCUGUAGUAUAUUUGCAGGUAUGUAAGCUCUAUUGCUGAAGUCGCCAGCAACACAGUUUAUUUCCAAUUACAUUAAUAUGAGUUGUUGUCAGUUUGCUAGGCCUAGUAAGCUUGAUGAUUGUGGCCCUCAUUAUGUCUCUCAACCACACACUAUAAUAAUAGUUAUAUACUUUUUUACUCUUCUAUCCGAUAUCUUCAUUAUACUUUUGGCUAACUGACCAUCUUCAUGAUAAAUAAGGUAAGGGUGGCCGCCCCUGUGUGUGAGAUAGAGAGAACGUUGUGUUCAUUAACAAUUCAAACACUUCUUAUUUUCGAUUGUCGUUUCUAUUAUUUUGAAGUUUGUAAAUUCAUUGGUGUUUUUCUUUCUUCAUAUAGGCUAGCCGUAUUCAUUGUUUUAGACAAGGGCAAGAAGUGAGUAGUGCGCACAAUGAAUAUAGCUCCGCGUUCAUCCUGACACCUGUUAUGCUCUUCUCUCCUUUUCACCGGGUGGUGAAACGUCAACCCAUUACCCAGCUGAUAGACCAACCCUUCACGCAUGCGUGAGUGCCGCUGACUGUCCUGUGGCAGAGGAGGGAUGGCGGAUGCGGAGCGCGAGGAUGCUGCGGAAACGGACACCCCAAACGCGAGCGACACGCAGGAGAAAAACACGAACAUCACGAUGGCGGAGGACGGUUCGACCCUGCUGAAAAGAAUGGAGAUUACUGUGGCCGAGGCCGAGAAACGGACCGGGAAAAAGGCUGUGAACAUGCAAGAGACCUACACAGUCUAUCUUUUAGAGACUCGGCCCUCAGCUGCUGUGAAUGAAGGACAGAGUGUGGCCCCGGACGCCCUGUGGAGACGCUACAGCGAGUUUGAGCUGCUCAGGAACUACCUGCUGGUCACAUACCCCUUCAUCGUGGUGCCUCCUCUGCCUGAGAAGAGGGCAGAGUUUGUGUGGCACAAGCUCUCUGCUGAUAACAUGGAUCCAGACUUUGUGGAGCGCAGGAGAGUCGGGCUGGAAAACUUCCUCUUGAGAGUGGCGUCACAUCCGGUCAUGUCCAGUGACGGGAUCUUCUACCAUUUCCUCACACAGGAGCGAGGAUGGAAGGAGGUGGUGUACGAGACUGGGUUUCAGGCAAAGGCAGAGUCUCGUCUCAGAGCGCUGAACGCAACCUUCAGGGUGAAGAAUCCAGACAAGCGUUUUAUGGAGAUGAAACACUACAGUGAUGAACUCCAGUCCAUCACUUCACAACUACUUAGAGCACGUGCUAGAGUUGCGGAUAGAUUAUAUGGAGUGUAUAAAGUACAUGGGAACUAUGGAAGAGUCUUCAGUGAGUGGAGCGCCAUCGAGAAAGAGAUGGGAGAUGGACUACAGAGUGCAGGACAUCAUAUGGAUGCCUAUGCAGCCUCAAUAGAUGACAUUUUGGAGGAGGAGGAACACUAUGCAGACCAGAUCAAAGAGUAUCUCUUCUUUUCUGAAGCUUUAAGGGCUGUCUGUCGCAAGCACGAGCUCUCUCAGUAUGAGCUGGAGACUGAAUCUCUGGACCUCGCGUCUAAGAAACAACAACGAGACGAGCUAGCCACUGGGACCAUGCGGACGUUCUCGUUUAAAGGCAUGACCACAAAGCUGUUUGGCCAGGAGACGGCAGACCAGCGAGAGGCCAGGCUUAAGCUCCUGGAGGAGCAGAUUGUCGAGGGCGAGGAGACCGUCCGCGAGAAGACAACCGAAUGCGAAGAACACGUGUGCAGUGGAUGGGUGGACAUACAGCGCUUUAAGGAGCAGAAGGACCGAGACCUGAGGGAGGCCUUCAUCAACUAUGCCUUCAUGCAGAUGAGCAUGUGCAGGAAGGGCAUCCAAAUGUGGACUAAUGCCAAAGAGUGCUUCAGUAAGAUGUGACCUCAUCAUCACACCGUACAUAAAUAGCACAACAGCCAUGAGACCUGGGAUGAACCCGCUGUCAUCACGGUUGCACAGAAUGGAAACACUGUUGUCAUGGAGGCACAAGAUGGACGCAGGGUUGCCGUGGCAGCACACGCCAGUAGUAGUUACUAUGAUUGCACAGACAUGGUGGCUCAUCUGUGCGAAGAUGCUUUUACCCAAAAGCCAGUUUGAAUAUGUAUUUUUAUCUGUUAAUUUUUUUUUCUAUGCGAGUAGAAAUCAUUGUUGUUAUGUUGUAGCCCACAACCCCAAGCUUCUGAUUUCUGAUCCUGGAGACAUCUGCUGCAAUACUUAUACAAUAUAGGUACGAAUUUAUAUGUUUUCAGAGGAUUUUAACUAUAGAAAAUGCUUUAUCAAUAAAAAUCAAAAACAAAUCACAACUAGAAGAGUGCAG